GCCAAAGUAAUCCGCCCAAAAAUAUUUUCUUAUCUGUUGUAAAAUAAUAUAAUUUAAUAUUUUUCCAAUUUUUAUCUGAAAUAAUUUACACAAAUUUCCAACAGAUAUAUAUAUAUAUAUAUAAACCAUAUUUUAUCACACAUCUCAUUAGUCAACCGCACGGAGCCAGUUAAGCGUGACAGGACUCAACCACCUUCACACGACACGGGCGUGAUCCAUACAAUCCACUCACACCGUACACGUGUCCAGACUCCCAACCGUCCGAUCCCCUUCCUUCACCUCAUGCGAACCUAUCCGUUCGUGUUAAACAUAACCCCAAACACGCGGGCGCCGUCCACACGAGCGAAAACCCUAGAAUCCCCAAACGUCCCCUCUUCACCCCCCUCGCCGGAGCUCCGCCCGCCGGUGAUCACCUCCGUCCCUCCGACCGCCUUCCCGCUCAGCGCCGGAGAACCCGGACUCGUGCCCGGGAGCUCUCUCUCUCUCCUAGAUCUCAGAUCCAAUCAGAUUCGAAGAUCAAGAUUCGGCACCGAUCUGUUUCAAUGGGGAAGAUCUGGAGAUUAGGGUUAGGGAUUUGACCGGAUUUCGAUCCAUGGCGCAGGAGAUGGAGAAAUUGGGCGGAACAAGCGAGGAGGACGAAGAUGAGGAGGAGCUGGAGAUGGAGGUCAAAGAGGAAGAAGACGACGAUGUGCCAAGUGGUCCCGAGAUGGUGAUCGGAGCCAUGGGAGAUGCUAUGAACGCAGGGUUCUUCGACGAUGAUCAGCAGCGACGCGCCAUGGCGGCGACGGCGAUGCACCAACAGCAAGGAGGGACUGGAUCGAGGCGGUGCCGGCCGAAGGAGGAGAAAGAGAGGACGAAGCUCCGGGAGCGUCACCGGCGGGCGAUCACUGCAAGGAUCCUGGCGGGGCUCCGGCGGCAUGGGAACUAUAAUCUACGCGUCCGCGCCGACAUCAACGAGGUCAUCGCCGCUCUUGCCCGCGAGGCUGGCUGGGUCGUACUCCCCGACGGCACUACUUUUCCCUCUCGACCCGGACCCGGCGCCACCGCCCCUUCUCCGCAGGCUGGGAAGCUCGCUGGAGUGACGACGGCGGCAGUGGCGCCGGCACCGGCAGUAAUGGCGACAUCUCAGGCAAUGCCCCUGAGGGGAGUGUCUCCUACUGGGCCAUUUCGCAGCUUGGAGUGCCGGCCUUGCCGGUUGAAGGGAGUGUACACGCCUGCAUCAACGCCGUAUGAGAGCCGGGGUCGGAUGGUGGUGAUGGUGGACAGAGAUAGGACCGCGGAGAAUUCACCUCUUGUUGGUAGCUCUAUGGACACUGUUGAUGACAAGCAGGUGGUGGAUAUAACUGGAAGAUUGCCUGAGCGUGAUUUUGCUGGCACUCCUUAUGUUCCUGUUUAUGUUAUGCUUCCUCUUGGUGUUGUCAACAUGAAGUGUGAAUUGGUUGAUCCAGAUGGGUUGCUGAAGCAACUAAGACUUUUAAAAUCUAUCAAUGUUGAUGGUGUCAUGGUUGAUUGUUGGUGGGGGAUAGUUGAGGCUCAUGCUCCACAGGAAUAUAAUUGGAGUGGUUAUAAGAGACUGUUCCAGAUUGUGCGAGAAUUAAAACUCAAGCUACAGGUUGUCAUGUCAUUUCAUGAAUGUGGAGGCAAUGUUGGUGACGAUGUUUGUAUUCCUCUCCCUCAUUGGGUUGCAGAGAUUGGUAGAACCAAUCCUGAUAUGUUUUUCACGGAUAAGGAGGGAAGAAGGAACCCUGAAUGCCUUACCUGGGGAAUCGACAAGGAAAGAAUCUUAAGAGGUCGGACUGCUGUGGAGGUCUACUUUGAUUACAUGAGGAGCUUUAGAGUGGAAUUUGAUGAAUUCUUUGAGGAUGGUGUUAUUUCCGAGAUUGAAAUUGGACUAGGCCCUUGUGGAGAGUUGCGUUAUCCAUCUUAUCCAGUAAAGCAUGGUUGGAGAUAUCCUGGCAUUGGAGAAUUUCAGUGCUAUGAUCAAUAUCUUAUGAAAAGCUUAAGGAGGGCCGCUGAAGCAAGGGGCCACUCUUUUUGGGCUAGAGGACCUGAUAAUGUGGGAAAUUAUAAUUCCCAACCACAUGAAACUGGAUUCUUUUGUGAUGGAGGAGAUUAUGAUGGCUAUUAUGGAAGAUUCUUCCUUGGUUGGUAUUCUCAAGUGUUAGUGGAUCAUGCUGAUCGUGUACUAUCUCUUUCCAAAUUGGCCUUUGAAGGGACGCGCAUUGCUGCCAAGGUUUCAGGUAUCCAUUGGUGGUACAAAACAGCUAGCCAUGCAGCUGAAUUGACUGCUGGGUUUUAUAACCCUUGCAAUCGGGAUGGCUAUGCAUCAAUUGCUGCAAUGCUAAAGAAGCAUGAUGCAGCUUUAAAUUUUACUUGCGUGGAGUUACGUACUUUGGAUCAACAUGAAGACUUCCCAGAAGCAUUGGCAGAUCCAGAAGGCUUAGUCUGGCAGGUGUUGAAUGCUGCAUGGGAUGUUUCUAUACCUGUGGCUAGUGAGAAUGCUCUCCCUUGCCAUGAUAGAGACGGAUACAACAAGAUAUUGGAAAAUGCCAAACCAUUUAAUGAUCCAGAUGGAAGACAUUUAUCUGCUUUCACAUUCCUGAGGCUUAGCCCUGUUCUCAUUGAGAGACGCAACUUCUUGGAGUUUGAGCGUUUUGUCAAGAGAAUGCAUGGUGAAGCAGUUCUGGAUCUCCAAACAUAAAACAAAGAUUGAAGAAAAAAAAAACUCUCUAACAUGACUUCCUAAAUCUCAAACUUAGUUCCUUGAAGAAUGGGUAUGUUUCCUUAUUGCAUAUACCAGUGUAAUGAGAUUAUUGACACUCAAUAGUGCAUGUUUAGGGGCUUUCAUUCCCCCAUUGUAGAGAAAUUUCCUAUAUAACAAUAUAGUCACACCACCCUUGCCAUCUUCA